AUGACUGUGGUUUCCCAUUGAGCUGAAAGGCAGGCAAGUGCCUUUAAAAAGUCCACCUUAUCAGUUGAACCAGUUCACAAGAUGGAUUGCCAACAGUAUUGAAUUCUGUUAAAGAUGAUGUGCAUGCCUGUUGUGAGAGGUCCUGAGAACAGACAUGACUUUGCCAGCUUUGAAGAGAAAAACAGUAAUUCUUUCCUUAAAUUUAAUCCAUUCACCCCUCCAGUAGGGCUGAAUGACCCUUUAUUCCCACAGCAGGAUGGUGUGCCCCACCAGGAUGGUAUACCUUUAGUGCAUCCCUGCUCAGGUUUUGUGAGUCCAGGAGCAGACGCUGACCUGCAGCCCAGUGUUGGAAGAGCUAUUGAAUCCCUAGUGGACAGCGAUGUGAAACCUCGCCAGUGGAUCCCCAUCACAGGAAGGAGAGGCUAGACUGCCCACAGCAGGCAGAUGGUCCUCCUGGAGGAAACCAGCCAGAACAGAAGGUGGGACUCCAGGUCUGUGUCAGCUGCUUCUGUCCAGGCAUGACUCAGAGGUUGGAGAACUCCAGCAAAAGUUGCUCCUGCUCUGCCUGACCAAAACCAUAUUUUUGCAUUUUGUAUGGAUCCAGAUCUCAAGGAAUCAAGUGAUCCUUCUGCAAGGUGGAGAAAAGAAAAAGCAAGGGACUAUUUCUACAAGUCAAAUACUCAAAAGUGAGCUUAUGAAGAAGUUUCUUGGGAUAAUAUAUUACCUUCCAAAAUCCAGCCUCCAGCAUCAACAGCAGAAGUGUUGGCUGAUCUCGUUUCCCGGUGUUUCACAGAAAGGAGAUACAAUCCCGAGCCUGAAAUAAGCCAAGUUGUUGAAGGCUUCUGGGACAGAUUUCAAACAAGAUCUUUUACCUCUCCACAGAGACCUGUUGAUUUUGUAAGCCAAAGCUCUCAAAUCUGUCAUAUCCCUUUAUAUACAUAAGUACAUGGCUGUGUUGGUGCAGUAAAUUUUGAAGACAUUGACAGUGACAGUGUAGACUUAAUCCCACUUAACCAUGUGCGAACUUCAAAGCCUCGCUAUUCAAGCACUGCACA